GCCAGCGGGAGAAAACAACUUUUGCGUACGCGUAGAAAAAGCAGAGAAGUGAGGUGGCCUUUCUUCGCCUGCUCCAGAAAACGAAAGCGCGGCACACGGAACGCACAAGUUAUUUUCUUGUCUGGUGUAGCGGCGCGUACUAAUUGUAUCAUUUGUUGGCCCAUCUCCAUCCACCCGGGGAACUGGGACCAUCGUGCCCGGGAGCAUCUGUUUGUUUAUCUGCUACGUGUGCGGGUGUGUUUGUUUUUUGAAUGUUCUUCCAUCGGGUUCGGGUGCAAAUAGUGUAGCCAAACCGCAAUACGUGUCACUCGCGUGUGAGCCGUGAUUAGUAGCGUAGUUGUCGCACAAAGCGUCCCCAAGCUUUAGCUUAGCAGCAGCAGCACACACACACAAAAAAGCUCACCACCAUGGCUGAGGUAGUGGAGGAAGUGAUCGCACAGAUCCAGGAAAACCUGACCGCCACCGUGACGGAGGGCGAGGAAGGGGGCGCCACGAACGCAACCGGAAAAACACCCUCCACACCGGAAGGGAUGGCCCUGGCAUAUGGCACGCUGGUCGUGAUGGCGCUGCUGCCCAUCUUCUUCGGCUCGAUGCGCUCGGUGAAGCACCACAAGGAACAGUCGACGGCGUUCGCGAAGACGGGCGAAAAGCCGGACACGAUGUCGUCCAAGGAUGCGAUGAUGUUCCCGAUCAUGGCCUCCUGCGCGCUGUUUGGGCUGUACAUGUUCUUCAAGAUCUUCUCCAAGGACAACAUCAACUACCUGCUGACCGGGUACUUUUUCUUCCUCGGCGUGAUGGCCCUGUCCCAUCUGUUGAGCCCCGUCAUCAGCUCGCUGAUUCCGGCCUCGAUUCCGAAGAUCCCUUACCAUCUAUCGUUCGUGCAGGGACCGCCGGAGGGCGGCGACAAGAAGAGCAAGGAGAAGAAGUAUCUCAUCGACUACCGCUUCACGACGCACGACGUGGUGUGCUUCAUCGUGGCGCUGGUCAUUAGCGUGUGGUACCUGCUGCAGAAGCACUGGAUCGCCAACAACCUGCUCGGCCUGUCCUUUGCCGUCAAUGGGGUGGAGCUGCUGCACCUGAACAACAUCGCGACCGGCUGCAUCCUGCUGUGCGGGCUGUUCGUGUACGACAUCUUCUGGGUGUUCGGCACGAACGUGAUGGUGACGGUGGCGAAAUCGUUCGAGGCACCGAUCAAGAUCGUGUUCCCCCAGGACCUGAUGACGAACGGGCUGGCCGCGUCGAACUUUGCCGUGCUCGGGCUGGGCGACAUCGUCAUCCCCGGCAUCUUUAUCGCGUUGCUGCUCCGCUUCGACAACAGCUUGAAGCGCAAGAGCAAGACCUACUUCUACGCCACCUUCAUCGCGUACUUCAUCGGUCUGCUGGCGACGAUCUUCGUGAUGCACGUGUUCAAGCACGCGCAGCCCGCGCUGCUGUACCUGGUGCCGGCCUGUCUCGGCACGCCGCUGCUGCUCGCGGUGCUCAAGGGCGAUCUGAAGAAGCUGCUUGCCUACGAAGAUCAUCCCGAGGAGAAACCGGCGAAGGCUGCGAAAAACACCAACGAAAAGACGAAGUCGAAAAACACUAGCGACAACAGCGAGGAAAAGGCUACCCCGCCCGCGAAAAAGGAAACGAAAAAGAAGGAAGCGAAAAAGGCCAAGUAAAUCCGAUCUCAAUCCUGGCAGCAUUGGGCGCAGCACCUUCCUCCCUUUCUCUCUCUUUCUCUUCUUCCUCGUCCGAUGAAUUGUGUGACCUUCUUUAGAUGCUCAAAGUGUCCCCUGUUAUAGUGCAAGUACGAAAGUUUAGGAUUGUAACACUACCACCACCACCACCAUCAUCAGACCCUUGUUUCAGAUAAAAAAAGCGGUAAUUUCAACGCUUUCGGUAAUGAUCGUUGGUCUGCUUCAUAAGCCUGUCGUGAAAAUGGUGUAAAUUAAUAUAUCGGUAUUUAGUUUUUUUUGUGUUUUUGUGUCGCUACAUCGUAUCGAUUUACUGCCCGGCUUCUCGACGCAAGUCGAUUAUCGAGAGCUACAGCGCUACCUUCCAAGUGCAAUAACAAUAAAUCGCCAACAGCACAAACUUACUAAGUUACUUAUCGUAAAAUCGCGUUAGUUUGCCACAUUGUUUGUGUAUCUCAACUCUGCAGGAAAAAAAGAAGGACAAAAUCUACCAACACUUUAAGAUACAAAGGUAGCCGGCGGCAAGGGGAGGGUGGGAAGCGCGCGCAGAUUGACUGAUAAAAAGUAAAACUAAAUAUAAUUUGACUGUAGUAGUGAACAGAAACCGUCGAAUUCGAAUAGAAUCCGCUGCAACAACAGUACCAGAGAGGGAGAGAUAGUAAUGGUUUGACUUCCAAACAAGUGAGAGUUUCGUGUUAGGAAUAGAAACGGGGGGGAAAAAAAGCUAUAGGCAAAUUUUGAUACCGUCGGCUUAGCAGGAGAAGAAGAGCUUAAAUCUGUGGGUGCAAGGUUUAGAGGGCAAGCAUCCACUGGUGCAGCUUUGGGGAUGUAAAAUACACAAGUAAAAUGGACAAUUAUGUUCUUUUGAACUGGGAAAACCAGUGCUACGGAUUGAGCACAACCGAGAGAUGCUGUUCCUUUUUGUGCGAUUCCAAUAAAGUAUUUUAAUCUCUCCAGGAAA